AUGAUUCAUCGACCGGCUCGUAGCCUACCACCGGACUCUUCACCCCCGGUUGCAUCGACUUCCCGGCUUCCCGAAUCGUUGAGCCCGGAUGGUCAACUCGACGGCGACGCCGGUGACGAGCUGCUCGACGACGAUUAUGACGACGGAGCCGAGUCGGCAAGCGGGAUGGUGAGAGGCGCCGAAGAGGACGUCGAUGAAUUAGAGACCUUUGGCGGUGAGGGUGCGGUGCAGCGAGCGACAAAAAAAUCGACAAGUGCCACAUCCCAGAAAACGCAAGCUGCUUUCAUACACAAGCUCUACUCGUGAGUCAGACCCGCAACACUUGGCCCCCUCCCCUAUCCCCCAGCCCGAGUCGCCGGCGGGCAAGUCAGGCCGCGAUAGAUGGAGACUCGUCCAGAGGGUGAUCUGAGCACUGGCGCUGACAAACGGUUGCUGACGCGUAUUCUUGCUCAUGUGAUGUCUGGGACACCUCUCGAUCGAUCGUUCACAAUCUCGUCCUCAGCAUGGCCUCGCUCGGACGAAGCAACUUCGACUCGCUCAUAGACUGGACGAAGGACGGUAAGGCAUUCGGGGUCUCCCGGCCGAACGAGUUCGCCAAAGUGGUGCUGCCACAAUACGUAAGUGAGAGAUCUCACUACCUAGAUCUGUACUGUUGCGGCGCACAAGGGGGCCACUGCCCAGACGAAGCAAUAGCGGCUCGCCUCAGAGACCCGCGAGCUAUAGGAGGCCUUGAGAGGUCUCCCGCCCCCGCGAUUGGUUUCUGCGCCAGCUGACCCUCUGUACGAUGAUUCACCUCAGUUCAAGCACUCUAAUUUCGCUUCAUUCGUACGUCAGUGCAACAUGUAUGGCUUUCAGUAAGCAGUCUUUUCUUUGUUCUUUUCAGCGUUCUACCACGUUGCUCAAGCUCGGCGCGGGAUCCUGUCGAUUCGAGAGCUCCAGCCGUGGGAGCGCGGCUGCUACGUCUUCGCCACCGCUGACGAUCCUGACCAUUGGCAAACCCCCUCUGGCAGCAAAGUCAACGAUCUUCUGCCAAACAUCUCGCAAACCCCGACGACUAUGGAUGUGAGCCUCGCGUGGGAGUUCCAGCAUCCGUUCUUCCGCCGCGAUGAACCGGAACUUUUGUCGCGAAUCAAACGCAAAUCGGUUCGGCCCUCGGCCCUGUCUGGAGCUCAACCUACCGUCACACGAUCAAGCGUUGCAUCUUCCUCAGUGGUGACCUGUGGAUCUCGAGCCGUAUUUCAUACCCCCCAAGAUGCAAAGGAGCAGUUCGACGUUCAUGUCCCAGCGGGACGCGACGACGGGGAUCGCCCUCCUUGUGGGAAUGAAUCCUCUAUCAAUCAAUCUCAGGAAGCCGGCGCCAAAUGGAAGAAGGAAGCUCAACUACACCAAUGCAAACUCAGUGUGGGAGGUGCGUGCCCAUUCGGUUAUGUUUGGGCCUCUGUUUGAAGUGAGACUGAGCUAACAUCGAGCCGCCGCCCAUAGAGCCGCACGCGAUAAGUCGCCGCGAAGAAUCGCCACAAGGGCCCAUACCCGACCUCCGUCGACCAAACAGUGGAUCCUGUGUGUCCUCGAAUCGCUCUCCCGCCCCCUCGUUUCUAUGGGCGACACUCCCACCCACGAAUCAGCCAUCGAGGCCGCCGUUCCCGACGCCUUCGCACUCCCCGCGGCCUGUUACGGCCGGUAGUGCCGACAGCUCUCCGAUUGCAAAACAGGUCGCUUCACUUGAGGCGCGUGUGCAAAUUUUGACCACCGCCCUUGCAGAUUCGAACGCCCUCGCUUCCUCGACGUGGUCCAAUGCGCACACCUCGAUGCGACUGUUUCUGGGCGUGUUGGAGGGGUUUGAUCUCACACGCGACCAGCGCAAUCAACGUGAGUCCAGAUCCAAUCGCAAAACUUUUGCACUUGCCCGCAAAAGACCCCGCUCUGACCGAGCGAGACGAGGCGAGCUUUCUCUACACAGUGGAGCGCUGCUCGUCGCUCCUUUACGGCGGCGAAGUUGAUCCCUCUGUGGUACUGCCCGCACUGGCCCAUUCACCUUCCCCCCCACCUUGGGCCCCAAAUUGGCAAACUGCUUCCACGUAUGCUCCUCGUGCGCCUUGCGCCCCUUCGUCCUCCAGCACACCUGUCACUUAUGGUCAGCAUCGCCCACCGGCGAACGAGCGGCACUCGCGGACCACCUCCCUCAGACGACCCACCGGCUCUGAUCCAUUCCCUCGUCCCGAAUCCGACAUACCCCCGAGCUAUGUUCGAUCAACUCCCGCUAUAUCGUCGUGCGGCUCUCCUUAUGACGCGGUCUCGUCUGCCCCUCCUGGCAUCACCGCCCUUACCCACCCACCAACUUACAGACCGGCCAUCAAUUCAGCAAACACGAGCUUUCCUGGUGCUCCUCUCCCGCCGAGUCGUCCCGCUUACCCCGUUCCGACGGGGCAAAUGCGUUCGGCGGAGACUUUGCCCUCCCUUGCAUCGCUCUUGGCGGGAGCCUCUCCGACGGCAGGAGUGGGGAGAUCGCGAUCGUUGGCCGCAGGACACGGUGACGACAGGGGUGACGAAACGAAGAAACGCCGGGUGUGA